AUGUGGGACGACAAUCGAUUUGCUAUCCUGCCAAAAGCUGGCGCAUGGUAUGCCCAUGUGCUUCUCAACAGCACUACUACAGAGUUAGAGCAGGAGUAUCACAAUCUCCAACUGCAACCCCUGCGAGGUGUGCCACGGUAUUUCUUCUUCUGUCGCUUCGCUCUUGCCAUUUUGGCCAAGAGUGCGUUCCUCAGGCAGCGUACACGGCGCAAGCUGGUUAUCCUCGAUCGUUCAGGCUCGUCGAAAGUGCGCGAAAUGUCGGUAGACGAGUAUAAGGAACUUAUCAAUCUUGCUGCCCGCGGGACAAGCAGAGGCACCAGCCCAACAAAACGACAAAGGCGUGAUCAAUCAGAAAGCAUUCCGCGAGACAAUACAAUUUCCCAUGUCAACGUUUCAGUCGAGGACGAACUCGGGGACGAUGCGGAAGAAGAAUUUACAAGAGGACGCCCUCGGAAACGGGCCGGUUCGCCUAUACUGCCUGAUGAUGUCGAUAUGGAUCGGAAACUUACUCCUAGCAGUCUACAAUCGAAGCGGCAACGACUUGUCGGUACUCUUGUACCGCCUCACACCCCACCUCAAUCCAUCAGCCCAACUAGAACCUGA